AUGCAAGUAAUUGCUACGGGAAUAGCCAUCAUGAGAGGCACGGUGAUUUUUGGAAGUUUGAGGGUCAUUUCUUAUGUUAGAUAUAUCUUGUGGGUCUCUCUUGGAAUAUCAAUGAUUCUUGUGAUGAUGUCAGUGGUGCUAUUGAACGUAUCCUAUUCUGCUGAUGAUUGCGGCGUACUUGGAUGCUUUCUUAUCCCACUUAAAAAGGUAACCUCGCGUUACUGCAAUCGACUGUAG